AACUCAAUAGUUUGUCAAUCCGCAACCCAUUAAGGAACUUAAAUAAAACAGCAUGUCUGACGUAUCCAAAUUCCAAAUCACAUUAUCUGACGAAUCCAAAGAAAGAAUAAUCAAGAUCUUGGACGUCACCAAGACCAUUGCUCACUUUGGUUUCAUUCCAUUUGUUUUAUACUUGGGAUGGUCUAGCACCUCCAACAAGCCAAGUAUAUUCAACUUGUUAUCUCCAUUCCCAUCUGCUUAAGUUAUUUCAUAUACUCAAGGUACCGAAUGUUAGAACUAUUGGUUUUGAGCUGAUUAUACGUGGUUUGUAGAGAGAGAGAGAGAAUUGUACAUAGUUUUAUUUUUAACGUAAGAUCAAAUAAACGAAGAAUGUUAAC